AUGGACACUAAUGAAAAAACCCCAAAAAUCAAAUCAAAGCAUAAAAGUGUAUCUAGCAUGGGUUCUCGUUCCGAAGCGUUCUCCAGCACCACAAAUUCCUAUUGAAAUACCAAACGCAAAAGCAUCAUCGAAAAACAAAUAAAUGACGAAAAUGAAAAAUUCGAAAAUUACCGAAAAAAACUUCAAUUCAAAGAGAAAAAGCACAGGAAAAGUUUAGAAGACAUACUAGCAAGACCAGGCUCUACAAGAUGAUUGCAAUCAGGCUCAGGCGCCAGACUUAAAGAAAGCUGUUACGAUUUUACUAAUUCAAUUUCUCCAAUCCCUCAAAACUUGCACUCAUGAGAUAGCAUUAACGGCUACAUUGGGCCAUCUCUAACAAGUCCUAUAACCAGAGCGAGCUCUCCUGGUCUAUUUUCUGAUGCAUGUGACUUAAAUAAAGGCCACUGCUUCAAAUUAACUCCUUAUGAUUCGAUUUUAACAGUUGACCAUGCUAUGACCUAUCUUAGACUGCGUGACAAAGGCUGCUCUAAACAAGAAGCUAUGCAUUUUAGCUCAAAGCAAAGGUGCAGGACUGACUCAACUCAAACUUAUGACGGACCACCAGGAUAUCGUGUAAUGAAAAGAAAUAACAACUUAAAAGAAGGCCCGAAUUGGCAUGGGUGGCAGCUGCACCCACCAAAAUUCCAAAGUGAUUUGAAGUAUAAGCAGUACAAAGCAAAAGAAACUUAUGAAGACUAUGAAAUGUUGUCAAGUGGCUAUGAGAAUUUUCAAAAGAGAUUUAGAAUAAUCAAUGGAGAAUUGGUAAAGCAGGAUAACUGGGAAGAAAAAUAUUGUAUUGAUAUGAAGAUAAAGCCAAAUAUGCCGAUAAGACCAAUUUCAUUGGAGGAAACACCGAAAAUAGUUGAAGAGAAUUUAGAUCAAGAAAAUAUUGAAAAUUAUGAUGAAGUCUUAAUAGAAGAAAAUAAGAAGACUGAUAAUGAAGAGCAGCAAGAAGAAGUCGUCGUGAAUGAAAUCGGCCCACUUUCUCUUGAGAGAAAGCCUAUAAGAUCGAUGACUGAAAAAUUCUUUGGGCUUAUAGCAAAUCAUAAUAAUUCAUAUAGCAAUUUUAUUAUCAAUAAAAAUGUAUAAUUUAUUUAAAAGAGAAUAAAUUUUUUGGAAACAGAAAUAAAGUAGAGGACAAUAUUGACACUGUCGAAGAAAAAGGCAGCUCAAAAUUUUAUAUUAGGUCAAUGAAACCACCACAAAGCCCCAAUCAUCACUCUGUAUUAUAUGAAAAUAACAAAGGAAAACGUGAUUACAAAUUUUCACUUGGAAGCCCAAAUAACUCCCAAAAUUCUUCUCUAUUUAGCAUACGAACUUCUCAAAGAAGCCAAACCACAAAAACAAAAUUCCAGAACUCAGCAAGACUGUUCACUAAAGAUGAAAUCGAAAGCGAAAAAAAAAAGUUUGCUCUCGAUAGAAUCCAAGAGCUUCAGAAAACUAAAAGUCUUUCUGAAUUAAUUCAAAUAGAAUUAGCCAAAAAAGCCAAACAGAUGGGCGCAAUUAUUAAUGAAAGCUUAAAAAAAUCACAAGAACGGAAAAGCCAAAUAGAAAUAGAAACUACUGAAUCAAUCCAAAAGCAAUUUCAAGAAAAACUACAGAAGCUAGAUUUAGCUGAAAACACAAGAAAGAAAAUCAUGGAAGAAAAAGAGAAGCUGAGGAUGGCCAAGGAAGAAAUGUAUGAAAAAAAAUUAACGAAAAUGAAAUCGCUAAAAGCGAUUAAGGAAGAAGAAAGGCAAAAGACUAUAAGGGAUGAAAUGCAGGCAAAAAUGGUAGCGUUUGAAAAUAAUAGGAAAAAGCUAGAAGCGGAAUGUGAAAGAAAAAUAGAGGAAAAGAGAAGGGAUUAUGAUUUCUCAAGGAUGUUCUCCUCGGUAAUUCGGAAUCUUUUGAGAGUACCUUUAGGUGUCGUUAAAGAAGAAGAUUCUUACUCCCCCCAUCCUUGAUCGAACGAUUGACUGUAAAAAAUUCCUAAAAAUUGGGGAAAUUAACCCCCAUCCUUGAUCGAACGAUUUUCAUAUCAUGCAACUUUUUAUAUAUAUAAAAAUAUAUUAGUUAUCAAAAACUUGGAAAGAUGCAUCUAAUGAAGUUGUUUUCAGAGCUUUGGGACGACAGAAAGCUGCGAAAUCAACUAUCCGAAGUGAUUUAGCCAUCAACCUAGGCUUGAAAACUCAAUAAUCUAAAAAAUAGAGAUUCUUUUUAAAAUUUAAAAAACACAAAUUUUUUUAAUUCAAUAAGGAACAAAUUAAAAUUUAUACAGUUUAAAAGGGUAACUAAUAAAUCAAAAUAUUAAAAAAUUGAUAGUUUAUGGAAUUAAUUCAAUUUUUUGCUGUAAAAAUAAUUAUUAAAUACUCUUAACCCUCUUAUUUAAAAGUAAAUAAAAAAAUAUACAUAUAUAUUUUUUUUUUUUAUAUAUAAAUUUUUUUUCCCGAAAAAAAUUUGUUUUAACCCCCAUCCUUGAUCGAACGAUGGCGAGUCGUUCGAUCAAGGAUGGGGGGGAGUUAA